AUGUAUUUCAACUACGCUGCAGCUACACUAGCUGCAUUGCUUCCACUAUGCUCAGCCCAGACCUACUCGCAGUGCAACCCUCUUCAGAAAUCUGGUUGCAAGCCCAACCCGGGUAUGGGUUCCAACUUCAACUCCGACUUCACUACCGGAGAUGGAGCUCUCGGCGGCUGGACAACUACCGCCGGAAAGGUCACAACUAGUGGCCAGGGCGCUGAGUUCAUUCUGGCUAAGAAGGGCGAUGCGCCCACCAUUGACACCAGCGAUUACUUCCUAUUUGGUAAGGUCGAGGUUGUCAUGAAGGCUGCGCCGGGAACCGGUAUUGUUAGCAGCAUUGUCCUAGAGUCUGACGCCCUCGAUGAGAUCGACUGGGAAGCCGUCGGUGGCGACACCUAUCAUAUUCAGACCAAUUACUUCGGCAAGGGCGACACUUCGUCCUAUGACCGUGCAACUUUAGUGAACAUGGCUCCUCCACAGGCUGACUACCAUACGUACACCAUCGACUGGAACAAGGACAAGACCACCUGGUCCGUUGACGGUAAUGUUGUGCGUACUCUCAACUACAACGACGCCAAGGGUGGUUCUCGCUACCCCCAGACCCCUAUGCGCCUGAGACUGGGCAUUUGGGCCGGUGGUGACCCCAGCAAUGCUCCAGGUACCAUCCAAUGGGCUGGUGGCAAGACUGACUACACCCAAGCCCCCUUCAACAUGUAUGUCAAGUCGGUUAACAUUGUGAACUAUACCCCCUCCGACUCCUACACCUACUCCGACACCAGUGGCUCCUGGCAGAGUGUCAAGACUUCAGGCUCGGGCUCGUCCCCGGAGCCUCGCAGCACCUCCAGCACCACGAACACCUCAUCCACCUCUGAACUCGCGUCCUCGUCUGAGCCCGCGACCGAGUCUAGCACCACCAGUAAAACCUCUCCUACUGGUUUCAUUACCAGCACUACCAGCAGUACUACCGGCAGCACCACUGACUCCACCGAGUCCACCACUGGUACUACCACCAGCUCUUCCUCCUCGGAAACCGGCUCUGGAUCCACCACUGCCGAGUCCAGCUCGAGCACCGGUUCCUCCGGCGCCGGUGCGUCCACGACUGAGUCUUCUGCUCCCGGGUCUUCUUCCGGCGCUGGAUCUUCCACUGGCGGGGGAUCUGCCUCUGGCUCGGCUUCUAGCUCGGCCGCUGGUGCCACUUCCACCGUUCCUCUCUCCAACUCCGCCACAACACCUUAUGGUGGAUCUUUCAUGGGCCUCAUGACGGUCAUGGGCUUGAUGACUGCCAUGUUGCAGUUGUGA